AUGCUCGGUUUGAAAGACCAGUGCAUUCAUCCAACUUCCCAGAAGCCAUACAUCAAGUCCUUCUCAGGGGGCAAGAACAACAGCCCUGAAGGCCACAGCGGCAACUCAACCCAUGGUUUUGUAGUGGAGUUUGAGAAUGAAGAGGACCGCGACUACUAUGUAUACAAAGACCCUGCCCAUCAGGAGUUCGUAAAGCUUGCUGGGGAGGUGGCGAAUGGCGUGAAAGUCUUCGACUACGAGCCAGGGAAGAUGUAG